CCCAGGUGGAGACGGCAGAGGCUGACGCUGAAGCACCUCAAGCAGAGGAUUAUGAAGAGGUCAAAAAGGACACGGCAGAGUCAGAGGGUGAACAGUCCAGCUUGGAUCAAAGCUUCUCCUCCAUGAAGGAUGAGUUGUCUCUCUGUGACGACCAACUUUUACCCUCCAGGAAGAUCAUAGGUGACCGAGGAGGCCCCGCCUCCAUGAAGGAGAACAUCUGUCAGGUGUGUGAGAAGACGGGGGAGCUGCUGCUCUGUGAGGGUCAGUGUUGUGGAGCGUUUCACCUCGCCUGCAUCUCUCUGGCCGAAGCACCUAAAGGGAAAUUUGUGUGUCCAGAGUGCAAAUCAGGUAUUCACACCUGCUUCGUGUGUAAGAAGCGCAGUGAGGAUGUGCGGCGCUGUAUGAUUCCUGUGUGUGGGAAGUUUUAUCACGGGGAGUGCAUCGCCAGCUUCGCCCCGACCGCACCUGUGACGCGGGGCUUCCGCUGCUCGAUCCACGUCUGUCUCACCUGCUUCAUCAGCAACCCCACCAGCCCGUCCAUCUCUAAAGGUCGUCUGGUACGAUGUGUACGCUGCCCCGUAGCUUAUCAUGCUAAUGACCUCUGCAUGGCAGCCGGCUGCGUGGUCCUCUCCAACAACAGCAUCAUCUGUCCCAACCACUUCACCGCCCGCCGCGGCGUCAAAAACCACGAACACGUCAACGUCAGCUGGUGCUUUGUCUGCACAGAAGGGGGCAGUCUGCUGUGCUGUGAGUCCUGUCCUGCUGCGUUCCAUCGGGAGUGUCUGAAAAUGGAAAUGCCAAAAGGCAGCUGGUACUGCAACGACUGCAAGGCUGGGAAGAAACCUCGAUACAAAGACAUCCUGUGGGUGAAGGUUGGCCGAUACAGGUGGUGGCCAGCGGAGGUCAGUCAUCCCAAAACGAUCCCAGAGAACAUCCAGAGAAUGAGGCACGAUGUCGGGGAGUUUCCUGUUCACUUCUUCGGAUCCAAUGACUACCUGUGGACGUAUCAGGCCCGGGUCUUCCCUUACAUGGACGUGGACGCCAUCAGCAAAGAGAAGAUGGGGAAAGGUGUUGAUGCCACCUACAAGAAAGCUCUUGAAGAGGCUGCUCUGCGGUUUAGGGAGCUGCAGGCGGAGAAGGAGCUUCGUCAACUUCAAGAGGACAGAAAGAACGACAGGAAGCCUCCUCCCUACAAACAUAUGAAGGUGAAUCGACCAAUAGGAAAGGUGCAGAUCGUCACGGCCGACCUAUCAGAGAUCCCGCGCUGUAACUGUAAGGCGUCAGACGAGAGCCCGUGUGGGAUGGACUCAGAGUGCAUCAAUCGCAUGCUGCUUUAUGAAUGCCACCCGCAGGUUUGUCCGGCUGGUGAGCGGUGUCUCAACCAGGCGUUCACAAAGCGUCAGUACAGCCAGGUGGAGAUCUUCAGGACGCUUUCUCGAGGCUGGGGUCUCCGCUGUGUCCACGACAUCAAGAAGGGUCAGUUUGUGAGCGAGUACGUCGGGGAGAUGAUUGACGAGGAGGAGUGCAGGUCCAGGAUCAGACACGCUCAGGAGAACGACAUCUGCAACUUCUACAUGCUCACACUGGACAAG